AUGACAUUUGUUUGCCUCGCCACUCGAGCUUUGAGUCGCCGCUCCGCCGCGUUGACUCGCAUCUCCUUUGUCCGUGGGUUUUCGGCCAAGGCAGCGGGUGAGAACCCCGAAGGUCCCAUGUUGGGAGGAUACGAAGAGUUCCUGGAUGACCUCAAGACCAAGACGGACAAGAUGGAAGCCUCUCUGGGCAAUCUGAAGGACACGUACGGGAAGAAACAAGAAAUGAUGAAUACCGUCAAGUGGACGGAUCCCGAGGAAAUGGAAUACUUGUUUGACAUGUCCCGUCGUCACAAACAAGAAAUGGAAGAACAACUGGUGGAUAUCAAGAAGAGCAUCCAAGCCAUGAAGACCAAUUUUGCCGUCGAUGCUCCCGAUGGAGAGAGUGAUGGACAUGUGGAGGAAGAGUUGGAAGCUGUCAAAUUCAUUAUUGAUCACACGGACAGAGACAACAAGAACAAGAAGGCUGCUUGA